AAGUAGGAAAUUGUGACUGGCAGUGCUUCCAGAACUAGUCACUUCUCUUCUCCCUCCCUUUAACCUACAUCUGAUACUAGUUGAAGAUCUAAUGAAGUACCUGGACCCUCAGUAUAUCGACCGAAUGGCCGUUCCCGAUGCCGUGAAACUGCAGUUCAUUUUAGCAGAGGAGCAGUUUAUCCUUAGCCAAGCUGCCCUCCUGGAACAGGUGCACAGCCUCCAGCCGUACCUGGACAGCGCCCACAUCAAAGCUGUUCCUGACCAUGCUGCCAAGCUGCAGCGACUCACUCAGAUCCACAUACAGCAGCAGGACCAGGGUGAAGCCGUCACUGAGAACGUCCGGGCGCUCCUGGAAGACUACAAUCAAAUGACGCUGCUGCUGUCCAAGCAGUUCGUGCAGUGGGAUGAGAUGCUGGCGCGGCUGGAAGCGGCCAGGCAGGUGACGCCUGUGGCGGAGUGAUGGCCGUGCUGUGUUGCCUGGAGAAAUGCUGCCUGGUGCCCCAGGGCAGCACCGAGCCUGGGUGGGCUGGGGGGGAUGCAGCUGUGUUUGCACUGCAGGUCCCAAGAUGCACUGCUCCGGCCUGGCUGCUUGGAGCAGAGCACUGCAUGCUGGGAUUUGUAGUCUGUGCGAUGGAGGUGGCUGCCCGUGCUGCCAGCGGCUCUUGUAGCCCACGUUGGCCUGUGGGCUGCACCUUGUUCUCCUCGACCUUCUCCAAAAUGGAGCUCCGUGCCCGGUGCCCUGUUAGGACUGGGCUGUCUGCACUGACCUGCCCUUCCAGGGAAUACCUUUGCCGUCUAACUUAUUCAGCCUCCCCGCUCUGCGCGCUGGGUGGGACGUGAGGGAAACGGAUCCAUCACCCUUACUUAUGGUCCUGAAUAAAAUCCUAAAACCUUG